AUGUCCAGUCGACUGACAACAUUGAGACAUGUUCUCACCCAACAGAAGCGUCGUGUGCCUUGCGAUAUCGAGCCAGGAAGAAACUCUGUCAACAAAGGGUGGCCACAGCUCGACAGUUCGGGAAUCAGCAUUUGGGACGAAUUUAUCCUACCCAACCUCAACGCAAGCUACGGCCACGUCCUCGACCUUGCCAUCCCAGAGGAACUAGUGGCAGUCCCCCAAGCUAGCCAGGCCCUUGCUGGGAUUUCCCUCAGUAAAGAACAGGACAUGAACUACCUGAUGGGAUGGAACGAUGGGGUUCUGAAGAAGACCCUCCAGUUUGCCCAGGCGCAUCUCGACCUUCAUCGCGGCAUCGUUUUGAACCACAGCGUCGUGGCCACCGAUACUUCGGCCCUUGUCAUAGUGUCGGACGGAGAUCGAAAAGCUUGGGUGACCCAUCUCAUCGAGUUGGAUAACUACCCUGGGCCAACCCGCCUCGUAGUUGGCCUGGCGAGAUCAAGCUCAAAGUGGAGUGGGCGUAACGUGGCGAGUCAGCUCGAGAAUGGAGUCAAGACAGAGCACAUCUGGCCUCUCAGACAGCUCGCAAACGCCUGCAAACUCGCCGGUACACCAUAUGGCUACAUCCAGACGGAUAAGGAACAGGUGGUUUGCCGGUUUGAUCUAAAUACCGCGGAUCUGAAGGUGGCCAUUAUGCCCAUCCCCUGGUCCCAGUACGACAGCACGGUUCUCACCACUGACCUCGCCCUCUGGUGGCUUUGCAUGCUGGCAAUGGCGAAUAUCGGCUCGUCACCAUCGUUCCAUAGUCAAGGAGGCCCAAGUGGUCGGGGUUGA